AUGGCGGAUAAGACGUCGACCGGCAAAGCCCCUGGCGGCGGCCCCCCCAAGCCCACCUUCUCGACCGAUGACGUGUCCGUCGUCUUUGUCCUCGGCGGCCCCGGUGCUGGCAAGGGCACCCAGUGCGCCCGUCUCGUCAAGGCCUACGGCUUCACCCACCUGUCCGCCGGUGACCUCCUGCGCGCCGAGCAGGACCGUCCGGGCUCCCAGUUUGGCCAGCUGAUCCGCGACUGCAUCCGCGACGGCGCCAUUGUCCCGCUCGAGGUCACGGUCAAGCUGCUCGAGAAUGCCAUGCAGGAGACCAUUGACACGAAGAAGGGCAAGGAGCACAAGUUUUUGAUCGACGGCUUCCCGCGCAAGAUGGACCAGGCCGUGGCCUUUGAGGAGGCGGUCUGCCAGGCCAAGCUGGUGCUGUUCUACGACUGCCCCGAGUCGGAGCUGGAGCGCCGCCUGAUGGAGCGCGGCAAGACGUCGGGCCGUGCGGACGACAACGCCGCGUCGAUCCGCAAGCGUUUCCGGACGUUUGUGGAGACGAGCAUGCCCGUCGUGGACGCCUACGAAAAGGAGGGCCGCGUGGUCAAGAUUGACGCCACGUCCACACCCGACGCAGUCUUUGCGGCCACCCAGAAGGAGCUGGGCUCGCGCUUGUCCCUGUGA